AUGUCACUAAAGGAUUCAUGUACCAUAGAUGUUGGAUAUCCUAUUCUUGCUCUGAAGUUUAUUAAUAACAAAACUAUCUUGGUGGCCGGUGGUGGUGGAGAAGGUAAUAAUGGUAUUCCUAAUAAAAUAACCGCAAUAAAGUGUAGUUUUAACGUUAAGGAACCGAAUAGAAGACUUCAAAAGUUUCGUGAAAUUACCUUGCCCUCAAAUGAAGACUCUCCUCAAAGUUUGGAUAUCGCCAGAAUACCAGAUACUAAUGAAAAUAAAUUCUCAGUUUUCGUUGGCUGUAAUCAAUCAUCACAAUUGAUUAAAACUAUGAACAUGAACAAUAACAUUAGAAAGUAUAUAUUUAAUGGCGAGGAGCACUUGAGAUUUUUGGAUGCCGCACAAUUGGAGCCAGAGAUCAAGGGAGACGUAGAUGAUUACCCAAAAAUUGUUCGACUUUCUUCUAACAGUACAAUUGGCUGCUUGAUGACAUCAUCUUUUCCUUCAGUUAUAUUUGUAUUUAAUACUGAAACCCUUGAAUUGAAUUUCAAAUAUGCACCGACUAUUGAUGUUGAAAUAAAAGAUUUCAACUUGAGUCCACAUGAUGAUGGUAAGACUUUAUGUUAUGUUACAUCUAAGACAAUAGAAACUAUAUCUACGGUUACAAGCAAUGUGAUAUCUUCCUCAUUACAGAGCAAAUCCCUAACAAAGGAAUUACAAGAUUAUAAUCUACUGAAAGUUGCAUUUCUCGAUAACUCUACUGUUGUUAUUGCUGCAAGCAAACCAAAAACUAAAUCUGUGGUUUUAAUAAAGUACUCGAUCACUGAGAAAAAGAUCUUAAGCCAGAAAAUAGUUUCAAAGAAAUUCAGCGCCAUAGUAGCCAUGGAUAUAUCUACAAGCAAAGAUUUGAUUGCUGUCGCUGGUAAUGAUUUAUCUGUGACUAUUCUUAAUAUCUCCAGCUUUAAAGUCAUUAAAGUUUAUAAAAAAUUGCACCCGUUCGCAAUAACUACGGUAGCCUUUUCACCCAAUGGCUCUAAAUUGGCAUCUGGAAGUGCGGCUAAUCUUCUUCAUGUAAUUAAACUUCCUCAUAAUUUUGGAGCUGGGAAGUCUAUUAUUGGAACCUUAUUCCAAUACUUAUUCAUGAUUAUAUUGGUAGCGGCUAUAGCGAUAUUCUUACAAACUAGUCACGAGAAUGGACAAUUAGAACAGUACCUUGAAAUAUCAAAGAAAUAUGCAGACUCAGGACUUUUCUAUGGCAAAGAGUACGGCGCAAUUGCAAUGAAGUAUGCUAAAAUAUAUGGUCAAGAGGGAUACGUUCUUUCAAAGAGGUAUGGAAAGCAAUACUAUGGAGUUAUUAGAGAAAAGUUGUCCAAAGAAAAUAUAGAUGGGGAUGAUAAAACUAAGGAAUAUUUCAAGGUUGAUGAAUGGGAUGACCCUACUUCUAGUGAUGACCCCGUUCCUCUGGACAUUCAAAUUUCAAACUUUAAAGACUCUGGCUCUGAUAAAUCUCAGAGAGCAGAUGAUAAGGGACUGGAGCGCUCCUCGGAGAUUUCCCUCACAAGUGUGCCUACCUCUAUCUCUACAAAAAGUGUGGAUUCAUCUUUGAGUGAGAAUGAACCUAUCUCAGUGGGAGAUUAUGAGCUUGAACAUGAUUUUGAACAUUCAACGAGUUCUGAGCCUUCCCAAACUCUCAGUCUGUUGGAUACAUCACCAAGUAGUAAAGAUUUAGAUCAUUCGACUUUGGGAUCAUCGGACUCUGAGAGCCAUAUCUUGAAUACCACAAGUGUUUCAAAUGACGCAUCUUUAGAAGAACUGAAGAAUGAUGGUGUCUUAGAUGACGUCGCGUAUGCGCUGAAUUACACUGAUGCUAUUGCAGAAGCAGUGUCGUUGUCUUUAGGCACGAUCACCGACACGGCUACAUCAAUAGCAAGCACCGCAAGUCCUUCAGCUUCGGUCUCUUCAGGCAAUGGGCAAUUAGAAAAAUCAGACUCUGAGACCUUCAGUGGUUCUGACAUUUCAAAAAAAGACGGUUCUGUGACCGCGACAUCAUCUAUUGACUCAACCGUGCCUGAUAUUGUAAAUGAAUCAGUCGAUGAUGUUGAGCUUAGUGAGCCCAACCCAGUUGUACAAGAGCCCGUCGCUAUUAAUAUUGAGAACUUGUCCACGGAUAUAUCGUUAGAAGCUGACACUUCAGUUGUGGAUCCUACUGACGACAAAACGACUUCUAAAUCACUUGUUAAUUCUUCUGCAUCUCCUAUUGUCGAAUCCACUGCUAAAGAUCAAAGUAUUUCGGAAGCUAGUGCCGAUGAUAUCAAAAGCGAUGAAAAUGCAGAAACAGAACUGUCGGAUAUUACUAUGUCAGCCACUGACACAUCAAUGAUCGAAUCAAAAAAUUCUGUUUUGGAAUCGUCUUUGGACUCUUCUACUACGAACUUUUCAGUGAAUCAGGUAACAACCCCCCUCCCAGCUUCUGAAGACUUAAAUAUAGAGGGUGGAGCAUCAACUGGCACAUUAACAAUAGAUAAAUCUGAAGAAGCAGAUGAUUUUUUCGACUCCAUUACGUCUAGCGACUCUGCAGCGAAAGUAUCGCAUUCAGUCGAGUCAGAUGCUGAAGAUAAAAACUCUGUUGCAAACGCUCAGACCUCAAGUGAGAUUGUAUCGACCUCGUCUAGUCCGGAAAUUUCUUCUUCAAGCAUGGUACAUGACGAACUCUAA